GGGGGAGGGGGAGACAAGAUGGCGGAAGCCUCGGCGGCAGCGGCGGCCACCGUCUCUCAGCAUCGCUUCUUCUGCCACAGCUGCAAGGGGGAGGUUAGCCCCAAGUUGCCGGAGUUCACUUGUCCCAGAUGUGAAUCUGGAUUUAUCGAAGAGGUGACAGAUGACUCCAGUUUUCUAGAAGGAGGUGGAGGCGGAAUAGACGACAGCCCUUCUUCCCAGUUUGCAGACUUUUGGGACCAGCUGGAUCACUCGAUGGUCUUCCCAGACUUCCGGCCGCUCCUGAGCAGCUCGCCGGAGCAAGACGGCCGGGACAACGAAAGGGGCCACCAAGCCCACGCGGACCUGUGGGGACCAAGCAGACCUCCGCGGCUGCCCAUGACGCGGAGGUACAGAUCCCGAGGCAGCACACGGCCAGACAGGUCGCCAGCUAUCGAAGGAAUAAUACAACAGAUCUUUGCGGGCUUCUUUGCGAAUUCAGCCAUUCCCGGCUCUCCUCACCCCUUUUCCUGGGGUGGCAUGUUGCACUCGAAUCCCGGGGACUAUGCUUGGGGUCAGAGCGGCCUUGACGCGAUCGUAACGCAGCUUUUGGGGCAGCUGGAAAAUACAGGACCUCCCCCAGCAGACAAAGAGAAGAUUUCUUCCCUCCCGACAGUGACCGUCACUCAGGAACAAGUCGAUACGGGCCUGGAGUGCCCCGUGUGUAAAGAAGACUACACCAUAGCGGAGCAGGUCCGGCAACUCCCGUGCAAUCACUACUUCCACAGCAGCUGCAUCGUGCCCUGGUUAGAACUGCACGACACGUGUCCCGUGUGCCGGAAGAGCUUGAACGGCGAGGACUCCACUCGGCAAGCACCAAACUCGGAGGCGGCGGCGAGCAAUUCCUUUAGCAGUGCAAGCCACUUACACGACCGAUGGACUUUCUGAAGCCCCCAGCGCAGGGAGG